AUGAGUGCGCCGGGCAUGGAGGAGAGGAAAGAGCUGCUGAAAGGGUCUUACAGGGAUAGGCACUAUAAUGCAGGGUCCAUACUUUUAGGAUUUGGAGUGCUUGAGUCUGUUGGUGGAGGACUCAACACUUGGAUUAGGACAGGAAAACUAUUUCCAGGUCCACAUCUGUUUGCAGGAGCAGCUAUUACAGUGUUGUGGGCACUUUCAGCAGCUUUGGUACCAUCGAUGCAGAAAGGGAGUGAAACAGCCAGAAGUUUUCACAUUGCAUUGAAUACAUUAAACGUACUACUAUUUGUGUCACAGAUUCCCACUGGAUUUGACAUUGUACUCAAAGUGUUUGAGUUCACAAAAUGGCCUUGAAUGUGAAUGUUCCCUUGGAUUUGGAUCUAUUCCAAUCCAAUUUUU